AUGCUUCUCCUUCAAUUGCUUGCGACGGCUGCUGCUGUUGUUGCUACGUCUUGUGGCAAGAGUCAACUGAAAAGUGUCGACAACGUCGUAUCAUUCGGUGACAGCUACACUGAUGAGGGCCGAUUGUCUGCGUACUUCGCCAACAACGGCAGCGCACCGCCACCGGCUACCAAUACAGCCGGCUCAAACUUCACUGCGAGCGGAGGCUAUGCCUGGGGCCAUUUUGCUACACAGCUGUUGGGCGCAAAGUACUAUGAUUAUGCCGUGAGCGGCGCUUUCUGUUCCAACGAAAUCUUUUCUCGCUAUCUCGCUGGAAUCAACCGCAGCUUCCCGUCGGUUCUGGAGGACGAAAUACCCUCUUUCCUAGAGGACGUAGCAUAUGUCGACCCUGCUGCGGGCACUAACACGUUCUAUCCGAACCGACAGUCUGACAACACCGUCUACGCUCUCUGGAUUGGGACCAAUGAUCUGGGGACAAAUGCUUUCCUCACAGACUCCCAGAAAUCUGGAUUGACCAUCACGAACUUUGUCGAGUGUAUUUGGGAUGUUUUCGAUGCCAUCUACAAGACUGGAGGCCGCCACUUCGUGCUCUUGAAUGAGGCUCCCCUGGAAUACUCGCCCCUCUACGCAGCUCCGCAAAAUUCGGGAGUUGGCGACGACCACUACUGGACUGAUAAGACAACCUACAAUAUGACCGAGUACGAGCAAAAGAUGAAGGAGUACACAACUAGCGUGAACACGAUGUUUGACUAUGGUGUGCCAGUACAAGUGAAAAUCAAAUCAAGGUGGCCCGACGCCUCGGUGGCCAUCUUCAACGUGCAUCAGCUCAUCCUUGACAUCCGCAGUGAGCCCGAGAAGUACCUAGACGCCCCAGCUAAUGUUACCGGGUUCUAUAACCACUGUGCUCUGGACGGUUCAAAUUGCAUAACCUCUGAAAACCCACUUUCUUCAUUCUUGUGGUAUGACGAGCUACACCCAUCAGAAAGAACAGACGAGAUCAUUGGCAAAGAGUUCGCAAAAUUAGUGUCUGGUAACUCAUCGUAUGCCACUUAUUGGUGA